AGGCCGCGUUUGACUCUCGAUUAGCUGUCUCGGAGUCUCCCAAUGCAACUCUACAAGCUAUUCCACUCUCCUCUCCACUACUUCGUAAACCCCAGCUCAGCUUCAGCUCGUGAUCGGACUCCGCAUUCUCACUUUGAGAUUAUUGAUGGUCUGAGCUGCUCUGGUUUUUCGUCAUUGUUAGCAUUACUCUAUUAUAUAUCAUAGCGACCGGGUUUUAUGUACUACAAGAAUCCUUUAUCGUAUCUCCGCUGUUUGCGCUCCAAUCUUUUCAUUUCCUUCAAAUACUUGUGGGCGGAUGAAAGCUGCUUAGUAUCCUCCUGCUACUGGCCAUGAAGCUGUGUAUAUGGCCUGCUAUUGCGGCUUUGGCCGUUACCUAUGCCAAUGCCUCGACUCUGACGCCUCCUGUGCUGCCGCUUAUUGUGCGCAAUCCUUAUCUGAGCAUUUGGCUGCCACACGCCCGUGAUGCUCCGUGGAAGAACUGGCCCAUGUUUUGGAGAGGUGAAACGGUUGGCUUCGCUGUUAUGGCCUCUAUCCCGCAUUCUCGGACCGUAUAUCCGUUGCUUGGCCGCCCACAAGACUUUCUAGACCACAGCUCGAGCUACAACAUCUCGCUUCCCCAAUAUGACGGCGCAACUUUUGACGCCUCCACCACUAAUCUCACAUAUACUAUACAAGGCACCGACAUAAAGAUAGUUUUAUCGUUCCUAUCGCCUAUCACCCCUACAUCAACAUUGCGGCAAGCUUUCCCUGCUAGCUACCUUACUUGUUUCGUUGAAGGCUCUACCGACUUGAGCCUAUAUCUAGACGUCAACGGAGAAUGGGUAAGUGGCGAUAGGGGGAGCAAGAUUCAAUGGGACCUCGAAGAGCCUCGGGUAGGUCAUUCGAAAACAAGCCUGAAGACCUGGCGCAUCGCGCGGGCCGGGGAACAACUUUUCACCGAAGUUCAAGACCGCGCUGAAUGGGGUACGCUGCAUGUCUCAGCGCCGAGCAACGUAAAGCAUCAAUCCGGAGAAUCCCGUCGGAUACGCAGGGCGUUUGCCGAAUCGAGCUCGCUAACGAACGAAGUUGACGAUGCAUAUCGGGGCAUUUUCGAGGAAGAACCUAUCUUUGCGUUCUCGAAGACAUUCAGGUUGAGCAAGAAUACGACAACGUCUUCUCCCCUUCGCCAUGACAGCAUCGUUUUCACUUUCGCCCUCACACAGGACCCAGUGGUCCAGUUUGCCUCUGCCCGAGGGCUGACCUUGAUGCGGCCCUUGUGGGCCUCGCAUUUCUUUACCGCCGAAGAGAUGGUACAGUAUCACUACGACGACUAUAAGACGGCGAUUCAUCUUGCACGGAAUUAUUCAGAUCAAUUAGCCAGAGAUGCCUACGCUUCGGGCUCAAAGGACUAUCAGGAUAUUGCGGCCUUGUCUGCCCGCCAAGUGCUCGGUGCCACACAAUUCUCUGGAACUCCCGACUCCCCCAUCAUAUUUCUCAAGGAGAUCUCAUCGAAUGGUAACUUUCAGACCGUUGAUGUCAUUUUCCCGGCUUUCCCGUUCUUCCUAUACACCAACCCACAAUGGCUCGCUUACCUCCUAGAGCCUCUCCUCGAGCACCAGCUCAGCGGCCAGUAUCCUAACGACUACAGCAUGCAUGAUCUCGGGGCGCAUUUUCCCAAUGCUACUGGACACAGUGACGGUAAGGAUGAGUAUAUGCCUGUUGAAGAGUGCGGUGACAUGUUGAUCAUGGGUCUCGCAUUGGCAAAUGCUCUGAAAGACAAUACGCAACCUGCAUUUACUCUUAACGCACCUCCAGAGACAAAACCUCUUGGAUCAGGACCUGAAAAGAGUCCACUAAACAUCGAUGCAUAUGGUAUGGAUCAUACAAGAAAGGGUAUCGGAGCCAUGGGCGAGAAAGCUGCUGCAAAAUGGCUACGCCACUCAUAUAAGCUUUGGAAGAAGUGGACAGGAUAUCUCGUCAGAGAAUCAUUGAUCCCAGCCAACCAGCUCUGUACGGAUGACUUUGCCGGCUGGUUAGCAAAUCAAACCAACCUGGCUCUCAAAGGAAUCGUUGGGAUCAAAGCAAUGAGCGGCAUCGCGAAUCUAGUGGGCGAGGAGGCUGAUGCCAAGUAUUAUAGUAGCGUGGCGGAUGAUUACAUCGAAAAGUGGGAAGGAUUUGGCUUAUCAAGAGACAAAACUCAUGCUAAGUUGGCAUACACCUGGUGGGGAAGCUGGACCACAUUAUAUAACCUCUUUGCCGACGCGCUUCUGUGUUUCCACUUACCUGACGAUCACUCAACGACACGGAGACAGGGGCAAGGACAAGGACAAGGACAAGGACAAGGCUGGGAUUCGCAUCAGAGGCCCAUCGGCGAUGCAGGCGCAGAAAUGCUCAAGCCGAAGAAGUUCAUCCCUGAUGAGGUUUACCAGAUGCAGAGUGAUUGGUACCACAAUGUGCUCCAGCGGUAUGGGCUGCCACUCGAUAGCCGCCAUCUAUACACCAAGAGCGACUGGGAAUUCUUUGCGGCGGCAGUUGCUAGCAAGGAAGUGAGGACGGAGAUUUUGCAACAUGUGGCUACUUGGGUCAACGAAACUGUUACUGACCGACCCUUCACGGAUCUCUAUGAAACGGAAGGCGAAGGUGAAUUCCCAGGUAUCUUUUUCAUGGCGCGACCUGUGGUGGGCGGGCAUUUUGCGUUCUUGGCAUUGGAACGAGCGUGCGAGGGCAAGGCAUCCGAGGGGCUUCGAUUCCUCGAUUCCACAAGGCCAGCGGAGAUCGAUGUGCAGCAAGCAUUGGCGGCUGAUGUAGCAGAAAACCAGCCAGAAGUAGGUGAGCUGUAAUAGGUAACACAGAUGCAUACAAGAAGAGUCAGUACCUACAUACCCAGAUGAGAAGGGAGAGUGCAUAGGUAGAACUCGAGAUAUAGGGUACUACGUAAGUAAGUAGCCUUAAGAAUUGUUGCAAGGGCUUGAAGCUCCAAUGAACCUGUGUGUAGAGGCUUGAUCGAUACCAACGCCAGGUGCCUACCUGCUACCCACCGGUAGCGAUAUAGGUACUCCUAAAUAACGCAGAUGUACAUAGGUAGGUAGGUAGGCACCACAGCUCCAAUGAAAUACCUAGCGAAGAGA